GUGCAAGCACGCUCGCCCUGCUGACGGACAUCCUGCUGGUGGUCCCGCCGUCUGGAGGCUUUUGGGCGGCCUGCGUCCUCAUCAGCGCUUUCCUGCUGUCGCUGAACGAGGCUCUCUGGAUAGUCGAAUCGGUGACAGCCGCUGUGCGGGACCUCUUGCCUUCCACCCCGAGGUUUCGCGUGCUGCGCAGGAAGCCGGUCCUGCUAAGCGUUUUCGCUGUGCCCUGGUUUAUCUGCGGCCUAUCGUUCUGCACCGUGGGCGCCAUGCAAUCCAUUGGCCAGUUGAGCAGCUUCUGUGGCAGCUACGGCUUGAUGGCGCUGCUCAGUCUGCUGCAGUGUGUGGCGGUGGGCUGGAUGUACGGCGGCAUGCGCUUCCAGGCCAACUGGGCCGCCAUGCAGGGCUGCUGCUGCUGCCCCUACCCCCUCAUCUUCUGGGCGGUCGUCACACCGCUACUUCUCUUCGUGAUGCUGAUCGCGUGGUUCUUCACCCUUUCCACAUAUAACCAUGACCUGAUUCAACUAGCGGCUUUCAUCAUCACGCUGCUGGUGGUUGUCAUUUCCGCGGUGAUAAUCUUCUGCAAGCAGCCGGGCAGCGUGCGACAGAAAUGGCGUGCAGUCUCUUCGCCUCAAGGUCUGGCUGACCAUCAGCUGAGGCCGCGCGACCGACGCUACAACAACGUCGCCAUGGGGAACGUGGGCGCCGUGUGAGACGCCAGUUGCCGGCCCAGCAGUUCAUCUCUCCCGCUUCGUCCUUUCCCCGCGUGUUACGUCCCACGAGACGUCAUGCGAUGCGGUUCUUAACCAGCGAAGCGCCACUCAUCCCUGCUUUUGUGGAGAGACAUGUUGAAGCCAUCGAUGAGAAGGCAGUGAGUGCUUCAGCCCCGAUUGCGGCGGGAUUAAGCCCAGAUUGCGGCGGGGAUCAAGCCCCGAUUGCGGCGGGGAUUAAGCCCCGAUUGCGGCGGGGAUUAAGCCCUGAUUGCGGCGGGGAUUAAGCCCUGAUUGCGGCGGGGAUUAAGCCUGGGCCUCGCGUUCAAAGCGCCACUAUUGCAAGGUUUUGGAACAACGCGCCAAUAAAACCACGAAAAUCGCG